AUGACCUGCGGCAGCCCUUUGAAUACCAAGUUGGCUACCGCUGCGAGGAGCCGGGACAUAUGCACGACGCCCACCCGUUUCGCCAGACCUGCGGGUAGCACCUGCCCCCACGAGGCGCACCGGCGGAGCGGGGAAGCAACGCAGCAUUCCGCACCACACGCGUCUCCCGUUGGUUCACCAGCCCCACCGCACAACAACAACUCCUGCUUCCGCCGCAACCGCGUCGCAUGGCUCAAGAUGACGCCAAAAGUUCUCUGCGUGAGCUCGGCGCGUUGUGCCGCGUCAGGGGUGUUCCUGCUGCGUGUCCACGUGGCGGCACGCACGUCCACGCACGUCGCAGCCGCUGACUUGAACGAUGCCAAGCGCCGGCACCUGCAUGGAUGCGACACGCGUCACCGCAGCGAGUAG